CCGCUUGGUCCGACUCAUGACGGUGAUCAUCGACGGCAAGGCCAUUGGCACCACAAUCCUUGAUGAACUCAAGGCGGAAGUCCAAAAGAACGUGGCAGAGCACGCAGACUACGUCGUGCCUGGCCUCGCCGUCGUUCUCGUCGGCGACCGCAAGGACUCUGCCACGUACGUCCGUAUGAAGAAGAAGGCGUGCGAGCAACUCGGGUACCGCACCGUGAGCGUCAACUUGCCUGUGGACAUCUCGUACGACGCCCUCAUUCACGAGAUCACGGCACUCAACAACGACCCGACCGUCCAUGGUAUUUUGGUGCAAUUGCCACUUCCACGCCACCUCGACGAAGAAACCGUGCUCAACCACAUCGUCCCUGCCAAAGACGUCGAUGGGUUGCACCCGAUGAACGUGGCGGCGCUCUCUGUGCGCUCCAAACUUCCGUACGUUGUUGCGUGCACCCCUGCUGGGUGCAUUGAGCUCUUGGACCGCCACGGGAUCGAGAUCGAAGGCAAGCGCGCGGUGGUCGUUGGCCGAUCCCGCAUCGUGGGCAUUCCCGUGGCGCACUUGCUGCUUGACCGCAACGCGACCGUGACAGUCUGCCACUCGAAGAGCGUCAACUUGGAAGGCAUCGUGCGCGAAGCCGACAUUUUGAUUGCCGCAUGCGGUCGCGCCGAGAUGGUGCAGGGCAGUUGGAUCAAGCCUGGCGCUGCCGUCAUCGACGUCGGUAUCAACUCGGUCGACGAUGCGACCAAGAAGGCUGGGUACCGCUUGGUUGGCGACGUGCACUACGCCAGCGCAAAGGAAGUGGCCGGGGCCAUCACGCCCGUGCCCGGUGGAGUUGGUCCCAUGACCAUCGCCAUGCUCAUGAAGAACACGCUGAUCUGCGCCCACCGCUCGCAGCCCCACUUGUUCCAAAAGUAGACGGACUGUUCAUAGUGGGCGAUAUGCUUGUACGAAACACGUUGUUAAAUACACCUCUCUCGACGGAGCUCACGGCGGAUCGCUGCCGGUGUGCUACUAGCGUCGGCGGAGAAGCUGGCCGCCAACGGCUUGGUGCAGCAAGCCCACCCGUCCAAUCUACUCUAUCGUUCGCUCGGCACAGAUCCCGUCAUGUUAUCGAUGUCCACGGCGGAGACGUCACCGUCGUCAUCUUGGUCUGCGAAACGAACAGUCUAGAAUCGACGGAUGAGGGAGGAGCGCUUUCAGCAGCGCAACAUACCUUUGGAUGGUCCGUAGCAACGCUGUGGUGGCUCGUUGUCAACGUGGAGGUCGACCGAUGCGUGUCGAGUUGUGGGACAUGCAACAUAUACUCAUCUAGGUGGAUGUCAUGACCCUCUUGGACCAUCGAGUAGUCGUCCGAAUCCAGUGGCUUGGUCAAUACCACGUCACCACUCCCGUCUUGAUUGAUUGUGUACUCAUCUCUUGCCGCAAGCGAUGCAUAGUACUCGGCCCACGCGGCGGCAUCUGUUACACCACCACCUUGUUCCGUUGCAUGGUGGUGAGCGAGCGAGUCGCUCCGAGUCGAGUUUGCUUCAAAAGCGGCAUUUUGUAACUUGUACGUGCCGUCUGCAGCAAAGGCGCCAGGGUACGUUGGUGCUGGACCAGCCUCGAUAUCGCCAGUAGCUACGGACACACCAUAGUACGCCGCCCACUCGUCUGACCAGCCUUGAUUGGAGACACCAUCGUCCACCAGUUCUUGGUCGAUCGUGGCGUCGACGACAGGAUCGCCAUCGCGUGCUACCACGGUCUCGAAUGCUCUCGGCACCGGUACCGUCGCGGUUGCAGCAGUGUCGAUGGCAGAUCCAUCGUUUUCACGAUCGAUGCUGCUAUCGUUGGCGCUUAAGUAAGUGGAAUCAUCGAUUUCGGUGGAAGCAGUGUCCGUGGCUUCAAGGGGGAGCUCGUGUACUCGUGCCAUCGACUGACCAGUGCCCAUGCCGUCAUUCGAAUCGAGGGGCGAGAGUUCGGAGAGAGGUGCCGUCCAAGGUACGUCACACUGGGCGUCCUCAUCUGGCGUCUGGUCAAAUUCUCGAAGGUCGACGAUGCCGCCGCCAAAGGUUUGGCUGGUUCCAGCGACUGGGGCAUCGAUAUCUACGGUGUUGCCUUGCCUUGACGGCACCGCGCGACUUGGUAUUGAAUCAUGUUGCACGUCGACUUCUUCUGUCCGCAGUGAAAGAAGGGCGUCUCCAGCGAGAUAGGAAUCGCUGUCGUGGCUGCGAGAAAGGCCAUCAGUCAUGGAAACACUUGUUUGCAUGGCCGAUUCAUUCAAGUCGCCACGAAAUGGACGGUCAGCAUCGUGCAGUGUCUUAAUGGGACUGGAACGCCCGUGGAAAUCGGAUGGAUGUUUCCUAGCCUUCGCUCCUUCGUCCUCAUCAACGUCCGAUUCAUGCACUGGAGAUUUGGCUCGAUCCACGACCACGACCUUGCUGCCUUCCACGGGGUCACAUGCACCUCCGACAGACUUGACUUCUCGCUGGGGUGAGUGGCUCAUGUUGAUUGCUUGCAAUGGUGGAUGGGCAGUGAUGUUUUUGAUCGACGCGACUCGGCCCCCCGUUGCAGUCGCUCUACCACGCGACGAUCGCGUUUGGGAAGUUUGCCCUUGCUCGUCGGUGCCAGUAUCACUUCGGUUCGUUUCUUGGGCUCCUGAUUUCAUGUCUGGCACGUCCGCGUCUGUUACAAGUCCUUCCUCUUCAUCGCUUUGCGCUGGAUUUGAUUGCCGCAGCGCCAACACAGACGAGCUGUCGUGGCUGGACGGCAUCGAUGCGUCUCGAUGGCUGAGGUGGGGAACGCCGUCGAUCAAGUAUUCGUCGUCACGGAUCCAUGGUUCGGUCCACUCGUCCGACGGCCGUGAUUCCACCCGAUGGUUCCAUUGCAGUGAAUCGUCGGCUCCAUCCAGGUGGGCAAGUGAAUGUGGUGCCACGGCCGCCUCCACCGUUUCAGAUUGUUCAUGCGGCUGGAAAUAGGCAUCCCCGGCGGCGGUCGCAGGAUCUUGGCUCGCGUAGUAGUCGGCCCAAGCCUUGGCAUUCUCCGCAUCACUUUGCCACGCUUCCGUCUUGUCGGGGGCUGAAUAGCAAUAGUUGUUCGAGUCGUAGAUUGCGCUCUCGCUCGCGGUGAAGGUGGUGGUGGCACAUGGUUCGGUCGCGUUGUAAAACCCACCCUGACCGUCAGGGCUCCAAUACGUCCCCGUAGCCGUGUCGUAGCACCCGCCGUACUCGUCGUAGACCCAUUGCAAUGCCUCGGGAGGAACGUCCGCUGCGACAGCCCCGACAGUUCCACUGCUGCUAUCCUCUGGGAUACCAUUUGACGAGUCCGCCGCACCCGUGUCAUAGGUGUAGCCCAUCGAAACGUACGACGACACCGACGGAGAAGCAGCAUGGGACGGUAUCGGAUGCUUCUUGGACGAGCGGGCGAAAAUGGCAACACACCCUUCGUGUCCAUUCGCAGCAGCGAGUUGGGCGGGCGUUUCCCAGUCGGUGUUUUGCAGUGUCGUGUCCGCGCCAAGGUUGACGAGGUGGUUGACCAGUUUCUGGUGACCUACCGCACCAGCACUGAGCUUGGAAGGGGAAACAUGACUGGAUGAGGAGCAAGCUAG